AUGGAGACUACAACUGUAUUCGAGAACAAAGAUGAUGCAUAUGAAGUGGACAACACAGAAUACAAGGUGUCAGAUUCACACAUUUCAAUUCUCAUCAUUGUGAUCCUCCUCAGUCUCAUUGGUAAUGUCCUGGUUGUUGCGAUCAGUGUCUUCUAUAUGAAGCUUCAGUCACUGAUCAUCAUCAUCAUACUCAACUUGGCUGUGUCAGACCUGCUGUUCACUGUCCAUUUGAUGUUCUGGGCCUAUGACCAUAUCUGGGGUUUCACUCUUGGAAAUGGAGGGUGGAAAGCAGCUCACUUUAUUUUCGCAGCGGGAUUUUACAAUACCCUGGUGUUCCUGGUGUGGAUGAGUGUUCAGCAAUACAUGUCUGUAGUGUGUGUUCAAUCAAGCUGGAAAAAAGGACGUUACUUCACACACUGUGCAUGGGCAGUGAGCAUCUUGGCAGCAUUGCCAGCCCUGCUGAAUAUCGAAGCAGUUCUUGAUGCACGAUACUGUACAUGCAUCAGCAUUACUGUAAGGAUUCUUGCUAUAUAUAAACACGUUAUUUUUGUGUGGGCAUUGUUGAUCAUGGGUUGUUUCUACAUCAGGAUUCUACAAACCAUCUUCAAGUCACCAACAAAUCAGACACACAGAAUUACUGGACUUGCCUUCUUUCUGGUAGCUACUUACUUUAUUUGUUGGGCUCCUUUUAACAUAAUGUCUUUUCUAGGCAUCUUACGUUGUCAUCAGAUAAUUUCUACCUACAACAUGGAACGUUUCAUUUACGCCUGGUACAUUUGUCAAUUUCUGGCUUACACCCGAUGCUGCCUCAAUCCAGUAAUUUAUGGUUUAUUUGGUAUAAAAUAUCGUAAGGAAAUGAGAGAGAUCUUUCAAAGGGAAGUGAUUCCAAACUCUGCAGAAAUGGGAACGACAGAACAUCAUCAGUUGCAGCAGUUUAAUUAAUCAAAUCCCAGAGGUGGGUGUAAGUCAUGAUGUUUUGUGAAUUGAAUCUUCUCACUCUGGAGACUUGGCUUCAGAUCUUUAG